GAGUACUGAACAAGAGGCUGGGCUGAGCUUACAUACUGAGCAGUGUGCAGGCCGGGCUAUACCAGCAUUUGGCUUUUCUUUCCUAACGGAACAUGAUGUUUCUGAGCACAGUCUGCCUGGCUCUGCUGGCCUCCUCUCUGCUAAUGACUGCCCUGGCUGAAGGGCAAACUUUUAUGUCUCCUAAGGCUGCAUCACAGUUCCUUCACCGAAAACGGCGUGCCAACUCAUUUUUUGAAGAAAGUAAAGGUGGAAACCUUGAAAGAGAGUGCAUUGAGGAACUGUGCAAUAAGGAAGAAGCCCGUGAGAUAUUUGAGAAUGUCCCUGAAACAGAAUAUUUUUAUCCAAAAUACUUGGUCUGCCUUGGCGCCCAUCGUAAUGGAAAUGAUAAUAAGAUUAGCUAUCUGAAUUUUGAUGGCCCAGCCGAUCUGAGAUCAUGCAUCAAUGCCCUUCCGGAUCAGUGUAAACCUCUACCCUGCAAAAAAGAUGCCUAUAAGGAGUGUAUAGAUGGAAAAGGAAAUUUUACCUGUGUCUGUAAGCCAGGGUGGCAAGGAGUGCUUUGUGAUGAAGACAUAAACGAAUGUAAGGACACGGAUAACCCCAAUGGUGGCUGCAGUCAGAGAUGUAUGAACAUACCGGGCAGCUACCGGUGUGCCUGUGACGAUGGCUACUACCUGCUGGCUGACAAGCAUACCUGUAACGAUAGAAAUGAAUGUGAAUUGAGCCCGGUAAUCUGUGGAGGGGCACGAUGCGUGAACACACAAGGAAAGUAUGAGUGCAUCUGUGAUGCUGGAUACCAGUUUAAUACGUCGUCAAAGAUGUGUGAAGACGUAGAUGAAUGUGAGGAGGAUAUCUGCAGCCAAGUGUGUGUCAAUAAGCCUGGAGGUUACAGAUGUUACUGUGAAGGAAGAAAGAAGUUUAAGCUUGCUCAGGACAAGAAAUCGUGUGAAGAAAUCCCGGUUUGUGUUCCACUCAAUCUUGAGACCAAUUAUGAACUUCUGUACCUGGCGGAACAGUUCAAAGGGAUACCUGUUGUAUAUUUGAGAUUCAAACUGCCAGAUAUAACAAGGUUUUCAGCAGAGUUUGACUUCCGGACGUACGAUGAGGAGGGGGUGAUCCUGUACGCCGUAUCGGCUGACAACUACUCCUGGUUUCUCCUUGCUCUGAGAGAUGGGAAAAUUGAGAUUCAGUUCAAGAAUGAUAUCUGGACAAAAGUUACUACCGGAGGCAAAUCCAUCAAUAAUGGAGAGUGGCAUAUAGUGUCUGUGGAAGAGCUGGAAAGCAGCAUCAGUGUUAAAAUUGCAAAAGAAGCUGUUAUGAAUAUAAAUAAACCCAAACAUCUAUUUACACCUGUAAAUGGUAUAUUGGAAACCAAAGUCUACAUUGCAGGAUUACCGCAGAAAGUCGAAAAUCUAAUUAAACCGAUCAACCCCCGAUUAGACGGAUGUAUCCGCGGAUGGAAUUUAAUGAAACAAGGAGCGUUGGGGGUAAAAGAAGUUAUCCAAGAAAAGCAGAGCAAGCACUGUCUGGUCUCCGUGGAGAAGGGGUCCUAUUAUCCAGGAGGCGGAGUAGCACAAUUUUUAGUCAACUACACAGACAACACUAUAACUAAUGAAGAUUGGUCAGUAAACGUUACAUUGGACAUUCGAUCAUCUACAGGCACUGGGGUGCUGUUUGCUCUGGUUAGUGAGGACACCGCCCCUCUAGUUAUAGCUAUUGAAGAUCAGUCAUCGGAUAUUGUGCAAGAUAUCAUUGUCAGCAUUCAGAGCGUUACGGUGGCCCGACUCUCAACGAAACGGAUUUGCACUGACAAAACUCUAUUCAUAAGUUUCACAGCCACAAAGUCGGCAAUGGAGAUAACGACCAAUUCUUAUACUGACAUUAAUUACGUAGACAAGGAGGAAAUGAAGAGACAGCUUUCAAUCCUGGACCAAUCAAUGAAGGGACAGCUGGACACGUACUUAGGAGGAAUUCCAGAUAUCCCCGUUACAGCCACUCCAGUCUCAGCCUUCUAUGUCGGCUGCAUGGACGUCACCAUUAAUGGCAAACUUGUCGACUUGGAUGAAGCUGUGCUCAAGCAAAAUGAUAUUCGCUCACACUCCUGUCCUUUAAUUUCAUAGUUUCAAGGGAGAGGUUGUAUUUUUUUUUUUUUUUUGUUUGUUUUUUUUGUAGAACCUACUACUGAAUAACCACAUUUAUCCGACUGGUAAGAGAAGCACCAGUGAUAAAUCAUCUGUGUGGUGUGUUUUUAAUAUGCUGUAAUGUAUCGAGCGCUGAAAUUCAUUCCUUUGUUUUUUUAGCUCUGUCAAUGUUACAAGAACAAAGGUCAAAUUUGUAGCAUUAAAACAAAGUUAACAACAGUAUAGAAAAUAUCAUAUGUUGUCUUUUUUUUUUUUCAUCUUAUGGUGAGAUUUUCCUUAGUGUGUUACUUUGCUUGUUAUGGGGUUGGGGGUAAUGUUCUUGUGAAGCCACAUUUGGGAUACACUGGGGUCAGGGCUGUUUCUAGCCAAUUUGGCUCCCAGUGCGAGAUUUAAAAAUGCGCCCCCCCAUGACAUAAAAAAAUGGCUGUGGCCUAAUGGGUGUGGCCUAAUUUAAAUGGGCAUGGCCUCGUCUGAAAAGACUACCUCACAAUCCAGUUUUUGACCCUGCUCCAACAGAUCACGACCACCACAGGAAAAAAAAAUUCUACCAUAUUAAGCCCCACACAGUAAUGCCACCUGCACCAUAUUAUGCCACACACCGCAAUGCCCUUGAUACAUUAAAUCCCCACACUACGGCAGGCAAGAGUCCCCAUUUCACACAUUACGGCAGGUGUCCCCAUUUUACACAUUGAGAGAGAGAGAGAGAGAGAAUACUUGCAGAGGCGAUUACCGCUCUUCAGCCCGCCUCACCAGUCGCUCCUCGCGCCGGCCUUUCCCUCUUCCUAACAUGGAUCCCCCUCUGUACUCUGCUCGGGGGGGGGGGGGGGAGUUUCGCGGAGUGACGGGGUUGCGUCGUGACCUAACAACGCAACCGCGUCAUUCCAUGAAACUCCGCCCCCCGAGCGGGUUACUUGGGGAGAAAUAGGAGGGGGGAAGCAGGGAGCCACAGUUAGUGCCGCGGUGGGCGCCCAGUGCGGUUGCACUGCUCGCCUGCCCCAAGAAACGGCCCUGACUGGGGUAAAUAUACAAAGGUAGGAGAUGUUGCUCAUGGCAACCAAUCAGGCUCUACUUAACAUUUAUCUAGCUGCUUCUAGAAGAUAAUAGAUAGAUGGAAAAACCUCCCAUCUUAGUAAUUUUACCCCUAUGUUGUGAACACUAUAUGAAACACCUCGGUGGAAAUACAAUGAACAGCAAUUUGUCAAAAUUGCUAAUUUUCUGUAAUUUUUUUGCUCCAGGAUUUAAAGCUUCCGGCUGGUUUUGCUUUUUAAAAAAAAUAGCUGUAAUAAAUCAGGGAGCUAAAAAUACACAGCAAAACCAUGAAUUUAAUGCAUAACUAAAAUUAAAUUGUAUCUCUAAAAUAAAACCCCACCAAUUAGCACAUUGGUGGGGAGUGUACAAGACCUCCACCAUUUGUCAUGCACUUGUCCCAGUGGAGCCUGUGUAACAGUCACAUACGUUACCAGAAAAGGCAGGAGAAAAUGAGUUCCAUGAAUUUCACUACCCGGAUACAUGUCAAGAGUGUUGGCGAUUACAGCCGUAUCCAUUCAGUGCUGUAGACAGGAGAAAGCACUGAAGCGUCACUCAUCCAAUAUGAGCCUAAAACUGGAUCUGACAUGUACUGAAGCCAUAGAUCAGCUACUUGAGGAUGAGGAGAUUUUAUUUUAUAAUUUACAGUAAGAGCUACAGUAAAUAUGUUGCAGAUAAGGUACUAUUAAAACAUUUAGCAAUUGGUCCUAAUUAAAAAGCAAAUAAAAUAAGCUUUUGAAAUAUAUUUUUAUAACCCCUUCUGUAAUCUCCAUUAUUUUAUUAGUGUCAGAUCUAGAUGACCCUGAAAGGGCUUUAGGUAUAUGUCGGAGGUAGUAUCCUAUUCACGGCCGUAGAGAGCUGUGCUGAUCCCGGGUACUUUUCGGGGGGAGUGGACAAAUCGUGCAGGAGGUGUGGUCAUGCCCACUUAGAAAAAUAAAAUAAAAGAUAAAAGUAUUUGCAGCGCCGCAGCGGACCCGGACCCUGCCGGGUAAUUACUACCUGCCCCCUCUCUCAUCAGCCCUGAUCCUAUGAAACAAUUUGGGCCUGACUUUGAGUCAGACACAAGACUGGAUGGGUGUCGUGGACUUCUGCAAACUGCCGGUGCGCCGCAAAAAGCAAUUGCACAGAACAACAGUGGUACCCUGCAUACGCACACGGACAGAGACUAAAAGUGCAGACAGUUAUUAAUCUAUUGAUAAUAUCUUGUUGUGCGGAAUGGGGGUUUCUGUGCAGUAACUGACCUGGAAUAAGAGCUGCACGUAUAGACCAAUGUAGUCAAAAGUGCCUUGAAGUAUGAGUGAUAAAAAAAAACAUACAGUAUGUUGAGGGGUUAAACUUUUUUUUCCCCCCCCAAAUUGGCUUUUUUUUUUUUUAUGAAUACUAAUUGCAGUAAUCCAUUUAGAAAUGCAUAUAUUGUAUUUCGGUUAUAAUUUGAUUACAUUUACCCUUUGAAGACUGUUUUAUAACUUGUGGUCUUUUAUUACUCAAAUACUGCACAUAAAUCCAACAAUACAAUACGUACUGAAGACAGGAAACGGUUCAGCUAGCCAGAAUACUAUAUAUAGAGACUAUAUACUGUAUUGUUUCCAUUUAUUAGUGUUAUUUUGCAAAAGAGAAUGUACAUGUAGAAUCUUUACCAUUUGAAAUAAAGUGCUAUUUUAGGAAUACUGUAA